AUGGCGGGGGAGGAGUGCAAAGUUCAGAGCUCUACACCCAGCAGGCACCGGGUGCCCCUCGAGAGCCGAGCAGCGGGGCGCGGGGCGCGGGGCGCAGACCCCGGCGGGCGCGUGCGCCGUGAGGACGGAGCCGCUGCGAGAUGCAUUGUGAAGGACCGGAGGGGGCUGGAGGCCUUCCGGGGUGGGGAGGCGCCUCUGCCGACCCGCAAACCCCUGCGUACACUCGCGGAAGGCUCACAGCUGGACACUGGCCUUCAGGUUGGCCAGCUGAUGGACGUGCCCCCGGAGCCUGUGUUGGUUCGGCGCCAGCACCCCGCCCCCCGGGGGCUGCUGGAGACACUCAAGGGCCAGCUGAGGUGCAGCUGGGCAUGCAGUGGGCCACGGGCCCGGGCACUGCUGCAGGACCUGGUGCCCGCCUCACGCUGGCUGCGCAGCUACCGCCCACGGGAGGACCUCCCAGGGGACGUGGUGUCAGGGCUGGUGAUUGGCAUCAUCCUGGUGCCCCAGGCCAUCGCCUACUCACUGCUGGCUGGGUUGCAGCCUGUCUACAGUCUCUAUACUUCCUUCUAUGCCAACCUCAUCUACUCCCUCCUGGGCACCUCCCACCACGUCUCUGUGGGCAUCUUCAGCCUGCUCUGCCUCAUGGUGGGCCAGGUGGUGGACCGGGAGCUCCGGCUGGCCGGCUUUGACCCCGCUUAUGACAGCCAGGGGUCUGGAGCCAACAGCAGCAUCUUCAACAGCUCGGCAUUCCCACUGGGGCCCGGGCUCCAGGGCUGUGGGCGUGACUGCCACGCCAUCCGUGUCGCCACCGCCCUAACCCUGGUGACCGGUCUAUACCAGGUGCUGAUGGGCGUCCUCCGCCUUGGCUUCGUUUCCACCUACCUCUCGCAGCCGCUGCUGGAUGGCUUUGCCAUGGGGGCCUCAGUGACCAUCCUGACCUCACAGCUCAGGCACUUGCUGGGGGUGCAGCUGCCCCGGCACCAGGGACCCGGCAUGGUGCUUAGGACCUGGCUGAGUCUGCUGCUCAGCGCUGGGCAGGCCAACGUGUGUGACGUGGUCACCAGUGCCUUGUGCCUGGCCGUGCUGCUUGCCACCAAGGAGCUGUCGGACCGCUGCCGGCACCGCCUACGGGUGCCACUGCCCACAGAGCUGCUAGUCAUCGUGGCAGCCACACUGGUGUCCCACUUUGGGCGGCUCAACGAACGCUUUGGCUCAAGAGUGGCUGGGGACAUCCCCACGGGCUUCAUAGCUCCACGGGUGCCGGACAUGGAGCUGAUGGGACGCGUGGCCCUGGAUGCGGUGCCCCUGGCCCUGGUGGGCUCAGCCUUCUCCCUGUCACUAGCUGAGAUGUUUGCCCGCAGCCAUGGCUAUGCCGUCCGGGCCAACCAGGAGCUGCUGGCCGUGGGCUGCUGCAAUGUGCUGCCCGCCUUCUUCCACUGCUUCGCCACCAGCGCUGCUCUGGCCAAGAGCCUGGUGAAGACGGCCACGGGCUGCCGGACGCAGCUGUCCAGUGUGGUCAGUGCCGGCGUGGUGCUGCUGGUGCUGCUGGUGCUGGCCCCGCUUUUCCGCGACCUGCAGCGCAGCGUGCUGGCCUGUAUCAUUGUGGUUAGUCUGCGGGGAGCUCUGCGCAAGCUUAGGGAUGUCCCCCGGCUGUGGCAGCUGAGCCCAGCAGAUGGCCUGGUCUGGGUGGCCACUGCGGCCACCUGUGUGCUGGUCAGCACUGAGGCCGGGCUGCUGGCCGGGGUGCUGCUCUCUCUGCUCAGCCUGGCGGGCCGUACUCGGCGCCCCCGGGCUGUGUUGCUGGGCCGGGCAGGGGACUCGGCCAUCUACGAGGAUGCUGCCGAGUUUGAGGGACUGGUGCCCGAGCCAGGGGUACAGGUGUUCCGCUUUGGGGGGCCACUGUGCUAUGCCAACAAGGACUUCUUCUUGCGGUCCCUCUAUGGCCUCACAGGGCUGGAUGCAGGGCACCGGGCAGCCAAGAGGAAGGAGCUGGGUCCCCAGGAGGCAGAGGGGGCCAGUGGGCUGGGGCUGGUGCCCGGGGCGGCAGGCUUCCACACAGUGGUCAUCGACUGCGUCCCUUUGCUCUUUGUGGAUGCUGCUGGCUUGGCCACCCUGCGGGAGCUGCGUAACAACUACCAGGCACUGGGCGUGGCCCUGCUGCUGGCUGGCUGCAGCCCCCCAGUGCGGGAUGCGCUGGCGCGGAGUGGCUUCUUGGGAGUAGGCGAGGCACAGCAGCUGUUUCACAGCGUGCACGGUGCCGUGCAGGCUGCCCGGGCCCGCCACAGCAGCCAGCUGGCUGACUGCGGCCUCUAG